UGACGCAGACAACAGACUUGCGGGACUGCACUCUGCUCUGCUCUGUAUAGGUUAGCGUUGACGCAGGUUAAACGAAAGAUUUGACAGAGCAGAGAGAAUGGUGGGAAACGCUCUUGUCUUAUUGUGUUAAUUUUUUAUCAGUCGCACCAGACUGCUAACUAAUUUAUUGUUUCAUGGAAAAUAUCGCGUGCACAAUAUUUCGAGAUCGCGGUAUACCGGACGAAGCUACAUUCCAAGAUCUUGAAAAGUCAACAGUACAAAAUGAAGCCUUUAAUCGAAUUCGAGGAAUGCUUACGGGAUACUCCCAAGUUUCGAUUAUGCAUCGAAGAGGUGGAGAAGAAUGUGGAACUACUAGAACAAAAAUUAGAUAAGGUAUUAAAAAAUUGCAGUCUGACUAUUGAUACUGGAAAAGCCUUUGUUGGACAGCAAAACCAAUUUGCCAAUAGUCUAUGGGAAUUAUCUUUAUACUUCAGCGAUGAUCCAGAAAUAAUGGCAUUCUUAAAUAAGCUUAUACAUGCUUUACAAGAAAUGAACAAGUAUCAUACUAUUUUAUUAGAUCAAGCUUCUAGGACUGUGAUGAAGGAUCUUAAUAAUUUUAUUAAAAGGUAAAUUUUAC